AUGGCACCGCAGCCUACCUCUCCCCGCCCCACACAGCAGGACCACGCUCCUUCUCACCCCAGCGGUCUUCGCCAAACCUACACCGCAUCCUCGUCCAGCUCCGUCGAGGAAGGGCCUAGCGCCGCAGCGUCCACUUCCACAGCCCACGAUUCUGCUGCGGCUGCCGCGCACCACCACCACCAUGGCGCGGGCGCGGGCCCCAGCACACACCGCGCGACGGAAACCACAUCGUUGCUCGGACGCGCGCUGGAAGGGUUGCGGGAACUGCCCCACGAGGGACCCUGCAAUCAUGGCACGUUUUCACCCCGCCCGACGAGUCCCACGGGGAGUAUUCCCGGUGGUGAUUUGAAUAGUCCCUCGGAGUCGGAGUCGGAAGUGUCUAGUGUGGAUGGGGUGCGUUCUGGAGUUACGAAGAGGUCGGAUUGGAAGCGGAAAUGGACUUCUAAGAUGAAGAGCAAGACGAUGGCUACGUCGAGUGCGUUGGCUGAACAACAUGGUGUGAAGGAUUCUGCGCUGAUGUACCUGUCGUAUUAUCUACCCGUCAUGGUCUGGGCGAAAGAGUACAGCUGGUCCUACUUCAAGGGCGAUUUCAUCGGAGCUCUCACAGUAGCCGGGAUGUACGUGCCGAUGGUCCUGUCGCUGGCCGACAACCUGGCACACGUGCCGCCGAUCAACGGCCUGUACGCAUUCGUCUUCAACCCGCUCAUUUACGCCCUGCUGGGAAGUUGCCCCGCGAUGGUCGUCGGGCCUGAGGCGGCCGGCUCGCUCCUCGUCGGAACCGUCAUUAAAACGAUUGUGGAUCGCCGGCCGGAUGGUGACGAUGAUAUAGAGCUCCAUGCUAAGCUUUGCGGUAUCAUCGCGGGCAUGUCGGGCGCGAUGGUGUUGAUUGCUGGCAUCGGCCGGUUGGGGUUUAUGGACAGUGUGCUUUCGCGCCCGUUUCUGCGUGGUUUCAUCAGUGCGAUCGGAGUUGUUGUCGCCGUCGACCAACUCAUCCCAGAGCUUGGACUGAACCGAUUGGCUGAAGAGGCCCAUAUCGGCCAUGCCAGCAGCGUCGACAAGAUCGCCUUCAUUUUCCGUAACCUUGACCAAACCCACAAGCUGACGUUUGCGAUCGCGGCCACGAGUUUUGUGAUCAUCAUGGUCUGCCGCGAGGUCAAGCGUCGGCUGCAGCCGCGGUAUCCCGGCGUCGCUUAUAUCCCGGACCGUUUCCUCGUCGUUGUUCUGUCCGCCUUUUUGGCCUACCAGUACGAAUGGGAUAAAGCCGGUGUGGCAGUUCUUGGGAAGGUGGAGGCAGCAAGUGGCCGCCUGUUCACGUUCCGCUGGCCGCUGCACCCCGGGAACCUCGUCUACAUGCGCGACGCGAUGAGCACGUCAUUCUUGAUUGCGCUCCUGGGAUUCUUCGAGUCUUCUGUUGCAGCCAAAAGUCUCGGCAGUGAUGGCUUCGCCGGGAUCCAACUUAGCCCCAACCGGGAACUCGUUGCUCUGGGAGCCGCCAAUCUUGUCGGUGCCUGCUUUUCCGGGUUGCCUUCAUUUGGUGGGUAUGGCAGGAGCAAAGUCAAUAAGUCGACUGGUGGACGGACCCCUAAACCCGUCCUCUGUUCUCUGAUCAGCGUUGUGGGCUGGUCACUAAUCGAAGAAUGCCCCCACGACGUGUCCUUCUUCCUCAAGAUCCGCGCCUGGCAAGAGCUCGCGCUCAUGGCCAUAAUCGUAAUAUCCACCAUCUUCUUCUCCUUGUCCUUCGGCAUGGCGAUCGGAGUCGGUCUCUCCCUCCUACAAGUCAUCCGUCACGCCACCCGCCCACGCAUCCAAAUUCUCGGCCGCAUCCCCGGCACGAACCGGUUCGAAAACGCCGAGGCCAACCUGGACCGUCUCGAGUUCAUCGAAGGCUGCCUGAUCGUCAAGAUCCCCGAGCCGUUGACUUUUGCCAACACGGGCGAGCUCAAGACCCGGCUCCGACGCAUGGAGCUGUAUGGGUCUAGCAUGGCGCAUCCGGCGCUGCCGCGUCUGACGAGAGAGAAUUGGAACCGCAACAUCAUCUUUGACAUCCAUGGCGUGACGUCGCUCGAUGGCAGCGGGGCGCAGGUGUUGGAGGAGAUUGUGCGGGAUUACCGCCAGCGGGGCGUCCGUAUCUUUUUCAGUCGCGGCCCUGCGCACGACUCCAAGGUUGGGCAGUUGUUGCGAAGCAGCGGGAUUAUUAGUUUGGCGGGCGGAGAGCAGCACUUUGUUGAUGAUGUUCAUGAGGCGUUGAAGCUCACGGAGGCUGAGGAGCAAAAUGAGCUUGCAGGAUAG